AUGGCAGGAGAUAAGAAUGAAAAAUCAAGUGUUGACGUCGUUUCGAAUGCAAAGGUGAUGAAGCAUGAUGGUGAUGCGAUGCAGAAAGUGCAAGUACGUGGAAGAAGUGGAGAAGAGUUUAGCAAGGAAACGACAAAGAUGGUGAUGAAUUCGAAAAAGCCAACAAAGAAAGAGUCAAGUGUUGAGGACGAAGAUGAUCUCGUUGCCUACACUGCUGAUUACUGGAAGCCAAGGCACCAUCCUCCCAAGAACAACUGA